GGCUUUGCCCUCCGCCCCUCGUAUGGAGUUGAAGCCUCCUGAAUCCUUUCGCGGUUACUUGUAUAAAUGGACCAACUACCUAAAAGGUUACCAGAAACGCUGGUUUGUAUUGCAGAAUGGAUUUGUGUCCUAUUACAGGUAUCCUAAUCUGCUUCUUGUCACUUUGCUUUAGGAAUCAAGCAGAAAUGGCGCACACAUGUCGUGGGACAGUAAAUUUAGCUAACGCUACGGUGACUAGUACUGGCUCCACAACUUUCGUCAUCUCUAACAGCAGCACACAGACCUUUCAUCUAAAAGCAAUCAACGAGGCAGAGCAGAAACGGUGGGUAUCGGCCCUCCGUUCUGCUAAGUCCCGUGCGUUGGCACUAAAAAAGCAUGGUGACGACUCUGACGCAUACACCGAAGGUGAUGAUGAUGACGAAGAGGGAAAAAAUUCCACAAUGAGUGCGGAUGACGCUAUCCGACUGGUAAACCAGACGUUAUCGAAAAUGGAAAGUCAGUUGAAAGAUCUUCAACACCACCAGGAAACGCUGGUUCGCAAGGGGGACGAUCUUCAGCGUGCCGUUGCUGAAUUAGAAAACGCCCGUGAUCCGACGGAGCUUACGCAGCGAUUUUCCUCGGUGCGGGAACGUGCAACUGUAUAUAAGGUCGUCAGCUUGGCCAUGGUGAACUCGUACGACAGUGAGGCAUCAGUGGCAGAAGGGCAGGAGAUUACGAAGCUUUUGGGUGCUGUCGGUGCUACUCACCUACCCGGUUGGGAACCGAUCGAUCACCACUGCUCGUGGUCGGUGGCGCUGCAAGAUAUGGGUGCUAAUCGAUGGCGUUCUUGUUAUCAGUUUCUAUCCGGAUUUCCUGAGUAUACCUUUUUAUUAUCUGUUUUCUCGUUAUGCCAGUCUUGUGCGCGUUUCACUACACUCGGACGGAGUCAGACUCAACGUUGGCGUCGGAUCUUCAACAGCCAGCGUGAGCGCUGUGCACUGUUGGAACAAAUGAUUGAGGAGUUAGCCAAACAGUUACGUCAGUUGGAACUGUUGGUUCGGCAAAACAAUCCACAAGCUACAUUGACACUUUCAGGGUUCAGCGGAGCUGCUCCUCCUUUAGGAGGUAACGUUUCCUCUCGCCAAACACAUAGUCAUCUGUCAUCCAUUCCUGGUCAAGCUGUCCGUGUUGCGGACGUACAGAAGAAACCCACAGACGAAUCCAGCUCACCGGUCCUAUCCAUGGAACCGUGUGCUGACUCCCAUUCGCAACCAGUUCCUCCGCCCGCUCCUCGUCUUCACUCAGAAAACACAGUUCCACCCGUAGAACUCCAGGCUGGUAUACCCUCUGUUCGAGCGAGUCUUGGAGAUAGCUCAGAUGAUGAUUUCUUUGACGCAGAGGAGGUCAGUUCCGAGUUCUCCGUUUACCUCCCUCCCACACCGCUUGCUGUUCCGACCGAAUGUGAAAGACCAGCCAAGCUCCAUACCGCAAGUACAGCCCCAGUUCUGGGGGAAAUGAAAGAAGAGGAUACCUCAUCUACCGUGAUUAGUAUUCAGGAUGAUGAUUCCUCCUUCCCGACGGGAACUGACGUCGCAUUUGAGUAUGAAUCAGAUGUAGAUUUUGCCGAAGAAGAAUACGGUGGUGGAGCACAUCAUCCGCCCGCUCACCUUCGUGAAGCUCGAGUUAUUCAGGCACGACCUAGACGGUCAGGCACUCGCACUGGUACAUUGGUUCCUGGUGGAGAUGCUAAGUUGGAAAAAUCCGAACCUGAACAUGAAGAGGAACUAGUCGAACGUCGGACAAGUGAAACUGUUUACGUUCCCGUUCGGAAAAUGGUAUUUCAGCGCAGAACAUCCAUUCCACCGAAACCGAAUUACAGCUUGAAUUUGUGGAGCAUCAUGAAGAAUUGCAUUGGUAAAGAAUUGACAAAGAUCCCUAUGCCAGUGUGGGCGCCCUGGCAGUAUCCCAGCCCCCGUACAACCAUGAAUUGCACACACACGAAUAAACUCAUGCCACAUCGGCCGUCGCGUGGUGACAUCAGCCGGGUCGCCUUACUUGCUGCAUACAGCAGGGCGGGUAAGCGAAAACAUGCUACUGUUGACGCCUCCCUUCUUACACUUUCACGUUUUCCGUCUUUCACCCUCCCCCGCCCAAAUUUGGAUACUUUAUCCGCAGGUCCCAGCUCUAGGACUGACCGUGUUGCUCGCCCUGCGUCACACUCAGCUGCAGCUUCUGCACGUCCGAGUUCAGUUACAACCCUAAACACUUCGAAGUCUGUUUUCAAACCCCGAAAGCCUGUCUAUUCAGCCACCUUCAAUGUUCGCACACUGAAGCAAGCAGAUCAACAGGUGGCUCUUGCGCGUACGCUAGAUUCCCUCUGUAUCGAUGUAUGUUGUCUGUCAGAAGCAAUGACGCAGGACGCAAGUACUGUGAUCGAACUGACUGCCCCCUCGCUUUCUUCCAGGUUCCGACUGCGCACCUUUGGUGAUGCAGAGGCCGCUGCAGUUGGAUAUGCUGGGGUUAAUUUUAGCGAGCCUCUUUCCAUGCUUCAACGAUUGACCGAAACAUUUGAGUAUUCCUCAUGUCUGGAUCGCGGCGCCCUCUGCAAUGACUCACUGGAACAAAUGGUCCACGUUGCCGCGUUCACGAUCUCCGCCUACGCAUCUACUGCUGUGCGGGUAAAUAAACCAUUCAAUCCACUCCUAGGAGAAACUUACGAAUGCGACCGUACAGACGAUUUGGGCUGGAGGUGUUUAGCGGAACAAGUUAGCCAUCAUCCUCCCAAAUGUGCGUUACAUUGUGAGAGCAACGAAUGGUACAGCUGGCUGGAGUUUUCCAUGAACACCAAGUUCCGUGGGAAGUACCUGCAAAUCAACCCAAUAGGGACGUGUCAUUUGGUAUACCGCCGCACUGGGCACCACUAUACUUGGCAUAAGAUCCCCAUGACCGUACACAACAUUAUUGUCGGGCGCCUAUGGAUCGACAAUAGUGGGGAAAUGGAUAUUAUCAACCACAGUACGGGAGAGAAGUGUCACUUGUCCUUCAAAGCCUACUCAUACUUCUCCAGUGAAACUCCACGUCGGGUCACUGGUGCAGUAACGGACAAAUCUGGAGCCGUACGUUAUGUUCUCAAUGGCACUUGGGAUGAAUCAAUAGAAUACGCUCCCGUGAUUAGUACCAGGACGACGCAGAGUGGCAAACCAGUACUAGAAACCGGGACGUCACGGGUUGCCUGGGUACGGAACCCAUUGCCUCCGGAGGCCGAUCGCAUGUACUAUUUCACACCCUUGGCUGUUCAGUUAAAUGAACCUGAAGAGGGAGUGUGUCCCACAGAUUCUCGUCUUCGUCCUGAUCAACGUCUUAUGGAAUUGGGUCGGUGGGAUGAGGCUAAUCGCGAAAAAGUUAUCUUGGAAGAAAAACAACGCCAGCGCCGUCGCGAAAAGGCAGCUCAAUUGGCCAUGGAGGCUUUGAAUAAUGGCAUCAAGUCUAAUGAUCCUCGAUCUGAUUCGAAGCGAAAGAGCGUCAGCUCAGUCUCUAGUAGUUUGCUGUCGGAAUCAGUGGACGGUAACUCAUCUAACGGCAGUCUAAUUCCAGCCCACAUAAACAAUUUCUUGGACCAAGUUGACAGUGCUCACACACCAUUAUGGUUUGAACGCAAAGCAGACCCAGAUACAGGGGAGUUGAUAUUUCAGUUCAAUGGUGCCUACUGGGAGAACAAAGCCAAGGGCGAUUGGUCCAUGUGUCCAGACAUUUACUGAGACAAGUCGAGCUUACGUGACAGAAAUUCCAAUAUCAGGUUGUCGAAGUACCCGUUUACUUUAGUUUGGCUGUGAGCAAACAACACAGAUGGCGUUGCAUUGCUGCUUUGUCGGCUUUGACUGUACGCAAAUCCAUUUUACUUUCACUGUCUGCUCUUCUCAGCGCCCAACAGCGUAGCUCAGUUUUGUAACUCCAACAUCCCCAUUGGUCUAUUCCGACCCGGUAUUUUCCCCCACCGUCUGCACACUGGGUCUACCUGUCCAUAUUUUUGGUCUAUGAUUAUUUCUUCAUAAAUUGACUUCAAUAUUUCACGUGUCCUGUGAUGUGCGAUGCAUAAUGCGACUGUACACCAACGAAUGUUGUUUGUCUUUGGAACGAUUAUGCACUCUCGCCUUUUGCUAGUUACUUUUCUUACGACCUCUCCAAUUCUGUCGUGUUCCUCAUUCCGGUUUCGCCGUCGCCUUAGUUAUCAUUCCUAGUUCAAGCGACACCUCGUCCGUUGUUCUCAGUCAUUGAACUCGAGCAUUAUCUUCAUGUCUUUGCCUCGCCAGCUGGUCCCUGACGUGUGAUUAAACUACAUAAUCAUUCUCACACACACGACUUUGUACUCAAAUUCUGCUUACAGUCAAUCCCGCCAUCUGUUGGGAUGAAACGCCUCCGUCCACAGAUUUUUCGAUGUUUACGGCUUUGACAAUAUAAACAGGGAACACUGUUUCCUCUUCUGUCGUGAC